UGUCAGUUCGCGGAGAUGGAGGAAAAUGGCCGCCGGGUUCGUUGAGGGCGAAGCGCUGAAAGCCGCCGUCUCUCCCUUUCCCGUCCUCUGACAGCGCCCGCGGCAAAGCGGGUCCUUUCCGUUCGAGCUGUAGGCGCGGUCCUCGGGCCGCGUUAUGAGACGGUCAGUGCGGUGGUCGGCUUCGCGGGAUGACUGGGGCGAGCAGGUUUUGCAAUAAAGAGAACUACAACUUUUCGUGAAAAUGUCAGUUCUGAUAUCACAGAGUGUAAUAAAUUAUGUAGAAGAGGAAAACAUUCCUGCCCUGAAAGCUCUUCUAGAAAAAUGCAAAGAUGUAGAUGAGAGAAAUGAGUGUGGCCAGACUCCACUGAUGAUAGCUGCUGAACAAGGCAACUUGGAAAUAGUGAAAGAAUUAAUUAAGAAUGGAGCUAAUUGCAAUCUGGAAGAUUUGGAUAACUGGACAGCACUGAUCUCGGCAUCAAAGGAAGGGCACGUGCACAUUGUGGAGGAACUGCUGAAAUGUGGGGUCAACUUGGAGCACCGCGACAUGGGAGGAUGGACCGCUCUCAUGUGGGCAUGUUACAAAGGCCGCACCGAAGUGGUCGACUUGCUGCUUUCUCAUGGCGCCAAUCCGAGCGUCACUGGUUUGCAGUACAGUGUUUACCCCAUUAUUUGGGCAGCAGGGAGAGGCCAUGCGGAUAUAGUGCAUCUUUUACUGCAAAAUGGCGCUAAAGUCAACUGCUCGGAUAAGUAUGGAACUACUCCUCUGGUUUGGGCUGCACGGAAGGGUCAUUUAGAAUGUGUAAAACAUUUAUUGGCCAUGGGAGCUGAUGUUGAUCAAGAAGGAGCUAAUUCAAUGACUGCACUGAUUGUGGCAGUAAAAGGAGGCUACACUCAGUCAGUGAAGGAAAUUUUGAAAAGAAAUCCAAAUGUAAAUUUAACAGAUAAGGAUGGAAAUACAGCUUUGAUGAUUGCAUCAAAGGAGGGUCAUACGGAGAUUGUACAGGAUCUGCUCGAUGCUGGAACAUACGUGAACAUACCUGAUAGGAGUGGAGAUACCGUGUUGAUUGGUGCUGUCAGAGGUGGUCAUGUAGAAAUCGUUCGAGCACUUCUCCAGAAAUAUGCUGAUAUAGACAUUAGAGGACAGGACAACAAAACUGCUUUAUAUUGGGCUGUAGAGAAAGGAAAUGCGACGAUGGUGAGAGAUAUCUUACAGUGCAAUCCUGACACUGAAAUAUGCACAAAGGAUGGUGAAACACCGCUUAUAAAGGCCACCAAGAUGAGAAAUAUCGAGGUAGUGGAGCUGUUGCUAGAUAAAGGAGCUAAAGUAUCGGCCGUGGAUAAGAAAGGAGACACGCCUUUGCAUAUUGCUAUCCGUGGGAGGAGUCGCAAACUGGCAGAACUUCUUUUAAGAAAUCCCAAAGAUGGAAGGUUACUUUAUAGGCCCAACAAAGCAGGCGAGACUCCCUACAACAUUGACUGUAGCCAUCAAAAAAGUAUUUUAACUCAGAUAUUCGGAGCCCGACACUUGUCUCCUACUGAGACCGACGGUGACAUGCUCGGUUACGACUUGUAUAGCAGUGCCCUGGCAGACAUUCUCAGUGAGCCAACCAUGCAGCCGCCCAUCUGUGUGGGGCUGUAUGCACAGUGGGGAAGUGGCAAAUCCUUCUUACUCAAGAAACUAGAAGAUGAAAUGAAGACUUUUGCCGGACAACAGAUUGAGCCUCUUUUUCAGUUUUCAUGGCUUAUAGUAUUUCUGACUUUGCUGCUCUGUGGAGGGCUCGGUUUACUGUUUGCUUUUACAGUUGACCUGAAUCUUGGGAUAGCAAUAUCAUUGAGCUUCUUGGCUCUCUUAUAUAUAUUUUUUAUCGUCAUUUACUUUGGUGGCCGGAGGGAAGGAGAGAGUUGGAAUUGGGCCUGGGUCCUCAGCACCAGAUUGGCGAGACACAUUGGCUACUUGGAGCUGCUCCUCAAGUUGAUGUUUGUGAACCCGCCUGAGCUGCCGGAGCAAACCACGAGAGCUUUACCUGUGAGGUUUUUGUUUACAGAUUACAACAGGCUGUCCAGUGUAGGCGGAGAAACAUCGAUGGCUGAAAUGAUCGCGACUCUGUCGGAUGCUUGUGAGAGAGAGUUUGGCUUUUUGGCAACCAGGCUCUUUCGAGUAUUCAAGACUGAAGAUACACAGGGCAAAAAGAAAUGGAAAAAAACGUGUUGCCUCCCAUCUUUUGUCAUCUUCCUUUUUAUCUUUGGCUGCAUUAUUGCUGGAAUUACUCUCCUGGCUAUCUUCAGAGUUGACCCAAAACAUCUGACGGUGAAUGCCGUCCUCAUAUCUAUUGCGUCGAUAGUGGGGUUGGCCCUCGUGCUGAACUGUCGUACGUGGUGGCAGGUGCUGGACUCUCUCCUGAAUUCUCAAAGGAAACGCCUCCAUAAUGCUGCCUCCAAACUGCACAAGCUGAAAAGUGAAGGAUUCAUGAAGGUUCUUAAGUGUGAAGUGGAAUUGAUGGCCAGGAUGGCGAAGACCAUCGACAGCUUCACUCAGAACCAGACGAGGCUGGUGGUCAUCAUCGACGGACUAGAUGCCUGUGAGCAGGACAAAGUGCUCCAGAUGCUGGAUACUGUCCGAGUUCUGUUUUCAAAAGGCCCAUUCAUUGCCAUUUUUGCAAGUGAUCCACAUAUUAUUAUAAAAGCAAUUAACCAGAACCUGAAUAGCGUGCUUCGUGACUCAAACAUAAAUGGACACGACUAUAUGCGCAAUAUAGUUCAUUUACCCAUUUUCCUUAAUAGUCGUGGACUGAGCAAUGCAAGAAAAUUUCUUGUAACUUCAACAACAAAUGGGGACAUUCCGUGCCCAGAUACUGCAGGGAUACAGGAAGAUGCUGACAGAAGAGUUUCACAAAACAGCCUUGGAGAGAUGACUAAACUUGGUAGCAAGACAGCCCUUAAUAGACGGGAUACUUACCGAAGAAGGCAGAUGCAGAGGACCAUCACUCGGCAGAUGUCCUUCGAUCUUACGAAACUGCUGGUUACUGAGGACUGGUUCAGUGAUAUAAGUCCUCAGACUAUGAGAAGAUUGCUUAAUAUUGUUUCUGUGACAGGGCGAUUACUGAGAGCCAAUCAGAUUAGUUUCAACUGGGACAGGCUUGCUAGCUGGAUCAAUCUUACUGAGCAGUGGCCAUACCGAACUUCAUGGCUCAUAUUAUAUUUGGAAGAGACUGAAGGGAUUCCAGAUCAAAUGACACUGAAAACCAUCUAUGAAAGGAUAUCAAAGAAUAUUCCAACAACUAAAGAUGUUGAGCCACUGCUUGAAAUAGAUGGAGAUAUAAGAAACUUUGAAGUGUUCUUGUCUUCAAGGACCCCAGUUCUUGUGGCUCGAGACGUAAAAACCUUUUUGCCAUGCACUGUAAACCUAGACCCCAAACUACGGGAAAUUAUUGCAGAUGUUCGUGCUGCGAGGGACCAGAUUAAUAUCGGCGGACUUGCAUACCCCCCGCUGCCUUUACACGAAGCUCCUCCAAGGCCACCGUCAGGCUACAGUCAGCCUCCGUCUGUCUGUUCUUCUUCUACUUCCUUCAACGGACCGUUUGGAGGUGGGGUCGUGUCUCCCCAGCCUCACAGCAGCUAUUACAGUGGGAUGACGGGACCCCAGCAUCCAUUCUACAACAGGCCAUUCUUUGCCCCCUACCUUUACACGCCAAGGUAUUACCCUGGCGGCUCCCAACACCUCAUCUCACGUCCAUCAGUAAAAACGAAUUUGCCCAGAGAUCAAAGCAAUGGCCUAGAGGUUAUCAAGGAGGAUGCUGCUGAGGGGCUUCCUUCACCCACAGACUCCUUGAGGCCGUGUGACUCUGGGUUUAACAAACAAAGACAGGGGUCAGGCCCAGCCUCAGGAGCAGUGGUAUCACUGAAUUCAAUGAAUGUGGAUGCGGUAUGUGAGAAACUGAAGCAAAUAGAGGGGCUGGACCAGAGUAUGCUGCCUCAGUAUUGUGCAACAAUCAAAAAGGCAAACAUAAAUGGCCGUGUGUUAGCUCAGUGUAACAUUGAUGAGCUGAAGAAAGAGAUGAAUAUGAAUUUUGGGGACUGGCAUCUUUUUAGAAGCACGGUACUAGAAAUGAGAAGUGCAGAAAACCAAGCGGUCCCCGAAGACUCGCGUUUACUUAGUGAGAACAGCAGCGGCCCGGUUCCCCAUGGCGAGUCUGCUCGGCGCUCCUCCCACAACGAACUGCCUCAUACUGAGCUUUCCAGUCAGACCCCCUACACACUGAACUUCAGCUUUGAGGAACUGAAUACCCUUGGCCUAGAUGAAGGUGCCCCACGUCACAGUAAUCUAAGUUGGCAGUCACAAACUCGCAGAACCCCAAGUCUUUCGAGUCUCAAUUCCCAGGAUUCCAGUAUUGAAAUUUCAAAGCUUACUGAUAAGGUGCAGGCCGAGUAUAGAGAUGCCUAUAGAGAAUAUAUUGCUCAGAUGUCUCAGUUAGAAGGGGGUACAGGUUCUACAACAAUUAGUGGCAGAUCUUCUCCACAUAGCACAUAUUAUCUGGGUCAGAGCUCAUCAGGGGGCUCCAUUCAUUCUAAUCUAGAACCAGAAAAAGGGAAGGAUAGUGAACCAAAGCAAGAUGAUGGAAGGAAGUCAUUUUUAAUGAAGAGGGGAGAUGUUAUAGAUUAUUCUUCGUCAGGGGUUUCCACCAAUGAUGCCUCACCCCUGGAUCCUAUCACUGAAGAAGAUGAGAAAUCUGACCAGUCUGGCAGUAAGCUACUCCCAGGCAAGAAGUCCUCAGAAAGGUCGAGUCUCUUCCAGACAGAUUUGAAGCUUAAGGGAGGUGGACUGCGCUACCAGAAACUUCCAAGUGAUGAAGAUGAAUCUGGGACAGAAGAAUCAGAUAAUACUCCAUUGCUCAAAGAUGAUAAAGAUAAAAAAGUUGAAGGGAAGGUAGAGAGAGUAUCAAAGUCUCCAGAACACACUGCAGAGCCGAUUAGAACCUUCAUUAAAGCGAAAGAAUACUUGUCAGAUGCUCUCCUUGACAAAAAGGACUCGUCCGAUUCAGGAGUCAGAUCCAGCGAAAGUUCUCCCAAUCACUCUCUUCACAAUGAAGGGGCUGAUGAUUCCCAGCUUGAAAAGGCGAAUCUCAUCGAGCUUGAAGAUGACAGCCACAGUGGAAAACGGGGAAUACCGCACAGCUUGAGUGGCCUGCAAGAUCCAAUCAUAGCUCGGAUGUCCAUUUGUUCCGAAGACAAGAAAAGCCCUUCCGAAUGUAGCUUGAUAGCCAGCAGCCCUGAAGAAAACUGGCCAGCGUGUCAGAAACCCUACAAUCUGAACCGAACACCCAGUACUGUCACUCUGAACAACAACAGUGCACCAGCUAACAGAUCUAAUCAGAGUUUUGAUGAAAUGGAAGGAAUGAGGGAGACUUCCCAAGUCAUUCUGAGGCCCGGUUCUAGUUCCAACCCAACUGCUAUUCAGAAUGAAAACCUAAAAAGCGUGACGCAUAAGCGAAGCCAGCGUUCAAGUUACACAAGACUCUCCAAGGAUUCUUCAGAGCUCCAUGCAGUGGCCUCCUCUGAUACCACAGGCUUUGGAGAGGAAAGAGAAAGCAUUCUUUAAGAAAAACAAGCGAAAGCAGAGUAGGAUUACUGUACCCCUGUGACAAAGUUGACCCGUUUUUAUAGUGAAUCCAUCCAUGUAUGUCAUCUUUGUACGUUUCACUCACAAAUAAUUAACGCAUGGGAAGGUCUUUGGUGAAAGAAACAUACACUAUACCACAGAGGAAAGUGUAAGAAAGGGUGGUUCCUCACUCACCGUCCACUGUCUUUGUAAUUAGAAGCUUAAAAACCCACCGUUGUUAUUGAACCUUUCAUUGGCACACAGCCCCAUAAAAUUUCUCGAGACAAGAUCUCAGUAUAAAGAUAGGUUGGAAAUAUUUUAUUAGACACAAAGGGUGUGGUUUGCCAAAGAAAAUGAAAGCUAGAGACUCCUUUUCUACAGCAUCCCCUCAUCAAACAUUCAAAGGAAGACAUGACGUUAGAUGAACCAGAAGCAACUUUUGCUCUUAGAGGGUAAGAGACAAGAAUUUAUAGGUUAUGGAGUAGCCCAGAGACUAAAGGUAAAUGCUCUAUAAAUUGAGAACCGGUGUUCUAUAUGAUAGAUAAAUGGUUUAACAAGGGCUUUAAAAAUUAAUAAGAAGAUGAUGAACAGUGCUCAAAAUGGAGCCCCAGUGACGAGACCUUUAUGAGCUGCUAGGAGAGUGGCCUGCGGGGAGGGGCCAGGAACCUCCCUAGGACCCGGACCCUCUCCUCCAAAUCCCAGACCUGGCUACAAGCACCAUCCACCUGCUUGAGGACUCAUGCUGGUCUUUUCUGUGACUCUUUUCAGUUGUGUGCCCAAUUUUUCGUAGCCUAGCGGUGAGAGGGAGAAACAUGAAUUCUUUCUCUGGAGAAUCAGGGAGGCAUGGGUAAUAUAGAGGCACUAGUAAAUAUUCAUGGAACGAGAGAAUGAGGAAAUACUUAGGUCAGAAAGGUCGGUGUCACUUGACAGAUGACAAGGAAAUAUUUAAUUAGGUAAAACUAAAUUGUUGCCUUCUCUCCAGGCAGAGUGUAGAUUAAGUAUCUACUUCAUCUAUUCCUAAAUUAGCAUGCUAAUCCCGGGGAGCAGGGGGAGGACCAGAAGAAAGGAUACACUUCUUUAAAAAGUUUAAAAACGUAACAAGACAAGGGUAAAAAGCAGAUAAAACCGGUGAGAUUUUCCAUUUAUUGUUAGUGGGGUUAAGAGAAUGAUCACAUUUAAGUAUCGUACAAGAAAUGGACCUUGUCAUCAUGCAUUGAGUAUUUUUGUUGUUGUUUUAACAUAGCUUAUUUAUGUAGAAUUAAUUUUGGCAGUAUAUCCGCAGUCACAGAUAAGAUCAUAGAUCGUAGGUGUGCCAUUGCCCAAAUUUAGUGUUGCAUUUGUGAUGGUUUUCACUGAAUAGAUUUUUAUUAAUAUACUGAAUAAAUUACUUAGUUGACCAGUCACUGCACUAAAUAGUUGCUGUUUUGGGGUGUUAUGGCCUUGAUGUGUUAGUAUAACCUAACAUUUUCUUAAGGUGUUCAUUUCGCAUGACUUUAACAAAUGUUUUUAACCAGUUUUUAAAAGGCAGGAUGUUAUUGACAUUAUAUAUUGAAAUGUUAACAUUUUAGUAUUAAUAGUGCUUAUUGGUUUGCAAUAUUGUAUAAUUCGUAAUUAUUUCAGAGGCGACAUUUUGUUCUUUUUCCGGUGAGUAAAUGCAGCCUAAGAUCACUGUAGUACGUUCUUUACGCUGUUUGUGAAGUUACUACUAGAGUGUUAAGUGUACCACUAGAUUUAGAAAACAAUAAAAAAGAUUGCAUGUUA